AUCUUCCUUCGUCUCAGGUUUGCGUGGUCUUGGCCUACCUAUUCUUAAAAACAACAACAACCACCACGAUCGCAAAUAGCAAUCGCACCAGCAAACUGUCCACUCGUUACUUCAGUUUCUUCUUCUCUUCUUCUUCCUUUCCAUCAAGCCCUCCAUUGCGGCGAAGUGUUUAUUGAACUCUGCACUGGCGACGACACGCUGGACACUUCUUUUAACACCUACUUAAUCUUUCUUGUUUUCUUCGAAACGCCCAGCAUCAUAACAAAAUGGCUGAGAAAGAGCGCAGCUCCGGCGAGGUCAUGAGGGAGCAGGCUGCUCCUGUGCUGCCAACUGUCAAUCCCGAUGUGCAGAGGCCAGAGCCUGCAAAGGCGUCUAUACCUUCUGCCGUCUACGUUGCAGUUUGGAUCAGCUUGAGUUCCUCCGUCAUCCUGUUCAACAAAUGGGUCCUCGACACCCUUCAGUUCCACUAUCCCGUUAUCCUGACGACCUACCACUUGAUUUUCUCGACCAUCAUGACCCAGCUGUUGGCCCGCUACACCACGUGGCUCGAUGGGCGCAAGACUGUCAAGAUGACCGGACGUGUCUAUCUGCGCGCCAUUGUCCCCAUCGGAGUCAUGUUCAGCAUGAGCUUGAUCUGCAGCAAUCUGACCUACCUGUACCUCAGCGUUGCCUUCAUCCAGAUGCUCAAGGCUACCACUCCCGUCGCUGUCCUUUUGGCCGGCUGGGCUCUGGGCGUCUCGUCGCCUAGCCUCAAGACCUUCCUCAAUGUUUCCGCCAUCGUCGUCGGUGUCAUCAUCGCCUCGGUCGGAGAAAUCAAGUUUGACAUGCUCGGCUUUAUCUACCAGAUGGCCGGAGUUGCCUUCGAGGCCACCCGUCUUACCAUGGUGCAACGUCUUCUGAGCGGUGCUGAAUUCAAGAUGGACCCUCUUGUCUCGCUCUAUUACUUCGCGCCUGUUUGCGCGGCCAUGAACCUGGUCGUCGCCCUCUUCUGGGAGGUCCCUAAAGUGUCGAUGGCCGAGGUCUACAACGUUGGUCUCUUCACGUUCCUACUCAACGGAAUGGUUGCCUUCGGUCUGAACGUCUCAGUCGUCAUGCUUAUCGGCAAGACUUCCUCCCUAGUCCUCACGCUCUGCGGUGUCCUCAAGGAUGUCCUGCUCGUCGUUGCUUCCAUGCUCAUCUGGGGCACCCAGGUCAGCGGUCUGCAGUUCUUCGGAUACAGCAUCGCCCUCGCCGGCAUGGUCUACUACAAGCUCGGCGCGGACGCUCUCAAGGGUUACGCCAGCGAGGCUGGUCGCCAGUGGGGCGAGCUUGGGCAGACCCGCCCGGCCAUGCGGAAGCUCAUCAUCAUCGGCAGCUCCGUGCUGUUCCUCUUCCUGCUCUUUGGCGGCGUGGCACCGAAAUACGCCCCCGAUUAUGUUCCCAACCCCAAUGCUCUUUACAGUGCAGUAGCCAACAAGGUUCCCUCCUUCGGCACCUCGGUAUAAACAUUGUUUUUCUUGGCUUCGAGCGCAAGCUGAACUGAUCGAUCCCAGCAAAGAGGCUGUUUGGACAUACGGUCGGCUUAUCAGCUGCUGUCGUUCGGGGUUGUUGGAGGAUUCUGACGGCACAUACUUGAGACGGCCCCCACGUGCCACGUCUCUCAAUUUUUUCUCGUACCUAAUUUCAGGAGGAUGCUGGAGGUCUUCCUUGAGUUGGAAUGAUUUCGGGGGGGCAUGUUGGUGUAGGGCUUUUGUGGCGGUGCACAUAGAGCGAGCACAGGGAUUUUUUUUGAAUCUUUUUACUCGGCGCAUCCAUCCCAUAGGCGUCACGUUUGAUGCGGACCAGACAGGCAUAUGAUUUCUAGACUGAAUGAAAAUAGACUUGUAAAACGG